AUGCAUAGCCAUUCCACAACCAUGGCGACUAGUAAUACACCCUUUCUCCUUCUCCUCGCCAUCGCCAUCUUCCUCUCCAUCCCUCACCUCUCCCAUUCCGAGCCACAACUCACACUCGACUACUACAAAACCACGUGCCCCGACUUCGCGAGGAUCGUGACCGCGACGGUCACCACGAAGCAGAUCGCCACCCCGACGACCGCUGCAGCCACGCUCCGCGUCUUCUUCCACGACUGCAUGGUCGACGGGUGCGACGCCUCGGUGCUCAUCGCCCCCAACAGCUUCCACAAGGAGGAGCGCGACAACGAGCUCAACCACGCACUGCCGGGCGACGGGUUCGACAUCGUCACCCGGACCAAGACGGCCCUGGAGCUGGCGUGCCCCAGGACCGUCUCGUGCGCGGACAUCCUGGCCCAGGUCGUGCGCGACCUGGUGGUCAUGGUGGGAGGGCCCAACUACCCAGUCCUGCUGGGCCGCAAGGACAGCCUGGUCUCGCGGCUCAGCGACGUGGAGCCCAACCUCCCCCAGCCCAACAUGACCAUGGACGUCAUCAUCAACCUCUUCGAGUCCAAAGGGAUCACGGUCCACGAGAUGGUGGCCCUCGUCGGGGCCCACACCCUCGGGUUCGCCCACUGCUCGGAGUUCGCCGACAGGAUCUACCACUACGAAAAGAACGUCCCCACGGACCCCGACAUGAACCCGACAUACGCGGAGGCAUUGAAGAAGUUCUGCUCCAACUACACCAAGGAUCCCACCAUGUCGGCAUUCUUGGAUUUGUACACUCCGGGGAAAUUUGACAACAUGUAUUACCGGAACCUGCUCAAGGGGUUGGGACUCCUGGCGACGGAUCAACUGAUGGCAGAGGAUCCGAGGACGAAGCCAUUCGUGGAGCGAUACGCUGCGAAUCAGACCGCCUUCUUCGAGGAUUUCGCCGAGGGGAUGCAGAAGCUGGGGAUGGUGGAUGUCAAGACUGGGGAUGAGGGGAAUGUCAGGGACAGGUGUGACGUGUUUAACACGUUCAGGACUUAA